AUGGCGCUAGAGGAUGGACUCGAAAAUGAGAGCCUCGUGGACGGCAAUGCAGGGCAUACGGAGGUGGAGCCUUCGUCGUACUGGCGCCGAUUUCGACCCGGCUGGCGCACUGGCAUCCUGCUCUUCAGUGCACUGAUGGUCUGCGUGGCUUUUACCCCCCGCUGUCUGAAGUCCAUUCACUUCCUGGAAGGGCUACUUCCAGAUGGAUUUCGAUCUCUUGAGGUGGAAUUUGGGCAUUCCCAGGAGCUGCCGCUGGUUGAGCUUGGUCAUAUCAGCAAGGCCGCAGGCAAGGUGCUGUGUGUGGUGGAUGUCGCACAGAGUGUUGGGCGUGUCCUGCUGCUUGGCAACUCCAUCGCCGCAAUCACGAUCAACUGCGACUUUGGGCGCAUCAAACGAGUAAACAAGCGCCCAGUGACUCAGGAUGAGCGACAGACAUGUGCGAUCACCAUCAUUGGCGCACUGGUGAACACUGCUCUUGGUCUCGGUGCUGCCUCGUCCUCCGUGUCGACAUGUUCUGGGUCAUUGAAUGUUCCGGCGAAUUGUGCUGCGAACAUCAAUGGCUUCAUAGGCAACGUGCUGGUGUUGGCUGGGACGGCUAUGUCUGCAGAUCUCAGCUGCCCGCGGAAUCCGGCAGACACAGUGAAGCGGGAGAAAGCAAGAAUCGAGCAAGCGAAAGAGGCCGCGCAGGAAGCCGCUCGAAAAUGGUUGAGGAAUGCCGGACAGGACGUCUCGCAUCUGCCAGCACCUCCAGCUGCGCUUCCAGCUGACACAGUAUAUCGCCAGAUCGAUCGCUGUGUCGGCCAUCUAGAUCUGGCGACCACGUUUGUCAUGAAAGCGGGUGUCAUCAUUGCGGACAGCACGAUGCACUGUGCCGCUGACUACAUCGAGGAUUCCGAUGACGAGCGUGUCUGUGCGAUAGACAUCAUCGGCCUCACUGGUGUGCUCAGUUUGGCUACACGCUUCUACUCCCUGGCUCUUCGGUCAG